UCUCUAUUGAACCUCCCUCCCGAGCUCAUCCUCGAAAUUGGCGACUGCCUUCCUCCCGACGGCAUACUGGCCCUGAAGUUCUCCCACCCAUUUCUUAACAGAAUUCUGCCUCUUGCGCCACGUCUGAGAAACACUACCCUCUCAGAUUGCGCCCGCCUCGCCAUCCGCACCUACCUAUCUCCACCAGAUCUGAAGCCUAGUCAUCUUCGCUGCAUCUUGUGCAAAGCCGUCUAUCCCGCCAGCCUCUUCAACUCAUCGAGCAGUCCUGCUUGCGUUCCCAUCUCGCUUGCCGAAGAUGCCCGACAGACAGAUGUGGUCGAGUUGCCACAGAGACUGUGUUCGUGGCAUGUAGGUAGGUUGGCACGAGUCAUACAUACUGAGUCGGGCGGCAGGAACGAGUGGAUCUCUCACGUGGACAAUAUG